CUAAAUUCACCCACUGAAACAGAGCAGUUGGUUGGGGGGGCUAACCGCCUUUGCUUGCUCAGUCCACAGCCACAUCGUUCAUAUCGCCCUCCUCCUCCCCUUUUACCCAAAUCCAAUCUGUGAUCGGCGUUUCUCCGUCCGUCUCUCGUUUCCCUGAUUCAUCUGUGGGCUGGAGCUUCUUGCUAUUGUCAUUGCCCCUUGGCGGGAAUUGGCAUAAGCCGUAUGAUGGCUACAGCAGCUGUCAUUGGCCUUGCUGCAGGGACCGGGAAGAGGAUCUUGAGCUCCUCUUCCUCUUCCUCCUCCUCCUCUUCUUCUUCAUAUUACUCCCAUCCUGAUUUCGGGGACAAGCUUCUGCUUGGGACGACAGACCGCGGUUCUUCCACUCACUACCACGCCACUUCCAUCAAGAGCAGCAGUGACUGUUAUGGCAUGGCCGUUGCGAAGCGGUCCUCGUCAUCGUCUGGCAGGCUCUCCCAGGCCCAGCCGCCUCCACCCGUCAAGGCGUUUAAGGAGCGGCACCCUCCUCCUCCAUCAUCGUCAUCGUCCCCCACAGCUGCUGCUUCUGCCGUGGCCACCUUCCACCACGGCAUCCACAUCCAUGACCUGGAAGAGCAGACCUCCGACUUCGAGUACUCGCUCGACGCCUUGCUGCUGCUCCAGAAGUCUAUGCUGGAGUCCCAGUGGAAUCUCUGCUUCGAGGGCAAUCCAACCAAGCCCAAUUCGACGAAGAAGGUGCCAGUGACUUGCUCCGGGAUAUCCGCUCGGCAAAGAAGAAUAAGCACCCGGAGGAGAAAGAUGCUGGGGAAACAACCUCAUCCCGUGUCAUAUGGUCCAAGCAUUCCCAAGCAGCUCAGAUCAGCAAUCAGUCCAGAAUUGCUGCGGAACCGAUUGAAGGGCUAUGUGAAGGGAGUCGUCAGCGAUGAGUUGCUGACUCACAGCGAAGUCGUGCACCUCUCCAGCAAGAUCAAAACCGGGCUUUCCCUCGAGGAGCACAAAGCCAGACUGAAGGAAAGAUUGGGAUGUGAGCCUUCUGAUGAACAACUAGCGACUUCCUUGAGGAUAUCUCGCACCAGGUUGCAGGCGAAAUUGGUCGAGUGUACUCUGGCGAGAGAGAAGCUCGCUAUGAGCAACGUCCGACUAGUCAUGUCCAUUGCCCAAAGAUAUGAUAACAUGGGUGCUGAAAUGUCCGACCUUGUUCAGGGUGGUUUAAUUGGACUUCUGCGUGGCAUCGAGAAAUUCGACUCAUCUAAGGGAUUCAAAAUUUCAACUUAUGUCUACUGGUGGAUACGCCAGGGUGUUUCAAGGGCACUAGUCGAGAAUUCCAGAACCUUGAGAUUGCCUGCUCAUCUGCAUGAAAGAUUAGGACUCAUUCGCAAUGCAAAGGUUAGACUGGAAGAAAAAGGAAUUACCCCAUCCGUCGAUAGAAUUGCAGAGAGCCUGAACAUGUCGGAGAAGAAAGUCAGGAAUGCUACUGAGGCAGUGGGGAAGGUGUUUUCUCUAGACCGAGAUGCGUUCCCCUCCUUGAAUGGUCUUCCUGGAGAAACUCACCAUAGUUACAUUGCAGAUAAUCAUGUUGAGAACAACCCAUGGCAUGGCGUGGAUGAAUGGGCACUCAAGGAUGAAGUAAACAAACUCAUCCACAUGUCACUUGGCGAGCGUGAGAGAGAGAUAAUUCGCCUUUACUACGGCCUGGAUAACGAGUGUCUUACAUGGGAGGAUAUAAGCAAACGCAUAGGACUAUCCAGAGAAAGGGUCAGGCAGGUGGGACUCGUCGCGCUGGAGAAACUAAAACAUGUUGCGAGGAAGAGAAAGAUGGAGGCGAUGCUCGUGAAACAUUAACCCAUUUGGUUCUCUGCAGUCUCUUCUUCGUUCUUCCCACUUCUUUUUAGAUUGGAUUGUGUAUAUAUACUACCAAGAGGGAAACAAAAGGCAGAGUCUGUCCAUUUUAUUCGAUCAAUCUAUCUAUCGAAUCGGGAAAAUAUAGAUCGAGGCUCUCUCCAGCUUAGCUGACAGUUGAUGGUGAGCUAAGUUGGAAGACUGGUGAGAUUGUUGUAUGAUUUAUCAGUUAAAUGCAGAAAGAUUAAUACUAUACGAAAUACAUAUCAAGUGUAUUACUAGAG